AGAUUCUUUAAUCUAAAAUUUAAAAUAUGUUAUUCUAAAAGGUUUAAAAUUUGUUUGAUUAGAUUAUGUUAAAAUUAUUCAUAUAGUGAAAGUAUGAUUUCUAAUUCCUGUUGAAUUGAGAAUGUUAUUUCUUUGUAUUAAAUUUUAUCUCCCAAUUUUAUCUUUUAAUGUGUUUGUAUGUUUUUUUAUAUAAAAUUAUUUGUGAAUAUAUAUUGUCACAAUUUGAUAUGAAAUCGGAUAGAAAUUAGGUUGAAAUAGCUUGUAGGCCAAGCCCAACCCAUAGGUCAGGCUACAACCCAUUAGCUAGGCCUAGUCCGUAGGCCAAGCCUUAGCUCGCAAGCUAACCCAACCCAGCCCAACAUGGGCGGUCAUGUGUGACUCACAUGACCAGUCCAUAGGCCAAGGGUCGACCCAACCUGGUGUGGUGCAUGCACAGUCAUGUGCAAUGCACAUGAUCGGUAUAUGGGCUAGCCCAACCUAGCCUAGCAUUAUAAAAUUGUUAGAUUUGAGCUCAAACAUUAAUUGAACCAAACCAAUCGGUUAUAUCGAUUCAGGAUGAUUCUGAAUUAGUUGAUUUAUUUAAGUCUAUUUAACUUAGAUUGAACAUAAUCUAAUCCAAAUUAUAUUAGUCUAUGAUGGUUUCAGACCAGUUAAAUGAGGAUUAGAGAUUGGUUCAACUACGUUAUAGUUAAAUCGAAUUCAAUUGGACCGAUUGAACUAAGGUUCAAGUCAAUUGAGGACUAAUUAGUAGUAUUUGACAUGAAUGAUAUUUGAAAGGGAUGUUUUGAUGUGUUAUUUCAUCCAAAUAGAAACAUGACCAAUGUGAGAUGAUGUUAUUUCCCUACCGAGGGCAGGUAGGGCGAUUCCCUUCGGGGAUUAGCGGGCCGUCAGAUGUAAUGACUAAACGGUUCAUCUAUCCGCUAUUGGAUGGAUCGUGUUCCCACUUUGGCAUGUGAGGGAUACUAGUCUAUCCGUUGUUGGGAGUGUGAUAUGAGUUUGUCUCCAUCCGCUAUUGGGAGAAUACAAACUCAUCCCGUAGGAUAAAACAUCUACAUUCGUUAUUAAGAGAGUGUUCUUUCAGGUACUUGAUAUAUGCCAAUGAGAUUAUUGAUUUUUUAUUAUGUAUUCAUUUUGAGUUGACUUUUGGGGUUCCUACUCAGCAUUGCUGAAUUUGUUUGUUUUUUAUUUUUAGAGCAACCUUCCACUAGCACCAGAUCGAAGUUCAGUGGAGAGCAAACUUUCCUCUAUUGCUAGGUUUAUAGGAAAUGGCAGAUGCUGAGGGUAUCCAACCUCUUGUUUGUGACAAUGGAACUGGAAUGGUCAAGGCUGGAUUUGCUGGUGAUGAUGCACCUAUGGCCGUCUUCCCCAGUAUCGUUGGCCGGCCUUGCCACACAGGUGCUCCGGUCGGGAUGGGACAAAAAGAUGCUUAUGUUGGUGAUGAAGCACAGUCGAAGAGAGGUAUCCUCGCCCUGAAUUAUCCCAUCGAGCAUGGAGUCGUCAGCGAUUGGGACGACAUGGAAAAGAUCUGGCAUCAUACUUUCCACAAUGAGCUCCGUGUUGCUCCCGAGGAGCAUCGUAUACUGCUCACCGAAGCCCCUCUUAACCCAAAGGCAAACAGAGAAAAAAUGGCCCAGAUUAUGUUCGAGAGAUUUAAUGUACCGGCUAUGUAUGUUGCUGUUCAGGCCGUCCUUGCACUCUAUGCCAGUGGCCGUACAACCGGUAUCGUGAUUGAUUCUGGUGAUGGCGUGAGCCAUACGGUUCCUAUUUACGAAGGAUGUGCUUUACCUCAUGCCAUUCUUCGGUUGGAUCUCGCUGGUCGUGGCCUUACCGAUUGGCUGACGAAGAUCCUUGCGGAGAGAGGUUAUUCGUUCACUACGACUGCAGAAUGGGAAAUUGCGAGGGACAUCAAGGAGAAGCUUGCCUAUGUCGCUCUUGACUAUGAACAGAAGCUGCAGACCGCCAACACUAGCUCGGCCGCAGAGAAAAGCUAUGAGCUUCCUGACGGGCAGGUUAUCACGAUCGGGGCUGAGAGAUUCAGGUGCCCGGAGGUUCUCUUCCGGCCAUCCUUGAUUGGCAUGGAAGCCGCCGGAAUCCACGAGACAACAUACAACUCCAUUAUGAAGUGUGAUGUGGAUAUUAGGAAAGAUUUAUACCGCAACAUUGUGCUCAAUGGUGGAUCAACAAUGUUCCCCGGCAUUGCUGUUCGCAUGAGGAAGGAGAUCGAGGCACUUGCACCGAGCAACAUGAAGAUAAAGGUGGUCGCCCCACCUGAACGAAAAUACAGCGUCUGGAUGGGAGGCUCCAUCCUUGCUUCCCUCUGUACAUUCCAGCAGAUGUCGAUAACGAAGGAGGAGUAUGAAGAAUGUGGCCCAGCGAUCGUCCACCGGAAGUGCUUCUAAGCUUUUUGGUACCUGCUGCUGCUUCUUUAGGGAGUGUUCUUUUGGGGCUUGUAAGCUUAGACUUGCUUGGAGUGAUGGCUUGCUAAAUUGGUGGUGGAGCUGCUCGAGACGCCUUUUGUGUACCAUCGAUUUGGGCAUUUAGGUUUGAAAAAUUAAGAAAUUAUGAACCAUCGAUUUCAUAAUUUUAAUUAUUUUUAUAUUAUUUUAAAAUAAGUUCAUAAACUUUUAUA